CGCGCUCGCCUCGGUUCCCACGCACGCAGCUACCUCUGAGUCCUCACUCACGCGCACACUGAUCCAAGCCUCUCCCUCGCGCACCGUCAACUAGGUGCGUCUAUGGAGGCCUCGCCGUCUCGCAGCGACAGCUUCUCCCGCGCGUGGCUGGGCUGCAGGGCGUCCAUCGAGCGUCUCGACGCCGACGCCGACGCUGGGCUCGGGUGCUCCUUCAACAGCUCCACGCCCUUCAUCGACAUGGACCCCGCGGAGCUCUUCUCCAUGCGGUGGACGUCCUCCGCCGCAGCGCCGGCGGACGAUGACGAGGAGGCUGCCGAGUUCGACUUUGGCCAGCUGACGUGCGCCGGCGCGCAGUGCUUCUCCCCGCUGCUCGUCGGCGCCGGACAGCCCCUCCUCCCGUACGAGCCGAGCAUCGUGUCCUACUCCUACACCAACGCGUCGUCGCCUGCUUUCUACUCCGCGCAGAGCACGCCGGCCUCCGCGGCCAGCUCGCGCCGUCGUGGCCAGCACGCGCCAGCGCCGCUGGUGGCGACGCGGAGGAUACUGCUCCGGUACCUGCGCCUCCUGGCGCCGCUGUGCCGGAAGGUGAGGGCGCUGCCGGUGCGUGCGCUCGCGCCGCGGUCGUCGUCCAGGGCUGCCGCCUCCGCCGCGGCGACGUCGUCCCCGGCGCGGCAGUCCACGUCCAGCUACGUGAGCGCCACGGAGUACUGGUGCCACGGCCACGCCGACACCGCCGUCAGCGACGCCAUCCUCUACUGCAAGAAAUCCAUCCAGGGACGGCAGGAUGCCGUGUAGGCCGGCAAAAAGAUCGGCUUCUAGUGUACAUCCUAUAUGCAUAUGGCACUUGAGUGUAUAGCGUAUACGUUAUGAAGAAAGUAUGAUGAAGUGUGCUCCAAGGUGGUUUAACCUUGUGAAGCAUUUUGAACAAGCACGUACGUUAACCUUGUGAUGAAGCUACCCGUCACUGUCACUGUGCCCAUUGCUAAGGACGAGAUUCGGUUCAAAGGAAAUUGUUAAGGAA